GCAGAGAUUCAAAAUUUUCUUGCAAAAAUGGUUUCUUCUUCAUCGGAAGUAAAGAUAAUCUCAAAAUGCUUCGUCAAACCAAAAACCAUCUCCAAAAAAGAGCCAUAUCAUUUAUCACCUCUGGAGCAUGUGAUGCUUUCUAUGCCCUACAUCCAAAAGGGUCUUCUCUUUGUCAAACCAUCAUUUGCUAAAUCUGACGAUGCAAAAGUUUCUAUGCUGACUUUGCUGCAGAGGCUUAAAGACUCGCUAGCCACAUCACUUGUCCAUUUCUUUUUGCUCGCGGGUCGCCUCUCGACUUUGAAAACUGACAAUCCAAGAUAUCACUCAGUGUUUGUGGAUUGUAAUAACAGUCCUGGAGCUGGAUUUAUCCAUGCUGAAUCAGAUCUAAGUGUAUCUGACAUUGUUGAAUCCAAAUAUGUUCCUUUGGCGGUUCAAUCUUUCUUUGAUCAUCAUAAAGCAUUGAAUAGCGGUGGUCACACCAUGAGUCUCUUGUCAGUCAAGGUAACAGAAUUGGUAGAUGGAGUGUUCAUAGGAAUAUCAAUGAAUCAUUCGACUGGAGAUGGAAGUUCCUUCUGGCAGUUCUUCAACUCUUUGUCUGAGAUCUUCAUGGAUUCACAAGAAGAGACCAUUGAUGAUAACAACAACAACAAAUUGCUCUGUCUCAAGAACCCUCCAAUCUUUCGUGAAAUGUACGGUCCUAUUUGUAGCCUUCCCUUGGUUGAACCUGUAGAGUCCAUAAGUGUUUCCGAAACUCCGGUUGUGAAGGAGAGAAUGUUCCAUUUCUCAUCAGAAACAGUGAGGUUGCUGAAAUCAAAGGCGAGUCAAGAAUGCGGAACAACAAACAUCUCUUCUUUUCAGUCGCUAACCGCAUUCAUAUGGAGAAGCAUUACAAGAGCAAGAAAUCUAGCAAAUGAUCAAGAAACUACUUGCAGGCUUGCUGCUGGCAAUAGGUCAAGAAUGAAUCCACCAUUGCCAAUGAGUCACUUUGGGGUUUACAUCUCUCCUGUCCAAACGACUAUGAAAACUGGUAAUCUAUUGGAGAAUGAGUUUGGACGGGCUGCUUUGAAACUGCAUCAAGCUGUAACAGAACACACUGACGAAAAGAUCUCAUCAGAAAUUGAUCGAUGGUUGAAGUCAUUUCUGAAAUUUGGUGGACUUUUCAGUCCCAACUUAGUUCACGUGGGAAGCUCUCCAAGGUUUAACAUGUACGGAUGCGAGUUUGGGAUGGGGAAAGCGGUUGCGGUUAGAAGCGGUUACGGCGGUAAGUUUGACGGGAAGGUAACAGCUUAUCCGGGAAGAGAAGGAGGAGGAAGCAUAGAUUUGGAAGUUUGUCUUCUUCCGGAGUUUAUGGAAGCUUUGGAAUCAGAUCAAGAGUUCAUGUCCCUCGUCUCCUCUUCUUCUUGAUCUUGUUCAUAUAUAUGCUCUUAUCAUCAUAUCUCUAAAUAAAUUGGAAUCUGUUGGAUUGAGUACUUGUGUUGCUGGCUAAUUCCAAUCAUUAUUAAUCAUGCAUGUAUGUACUAUUUAAAUAAAGAUUGAUAAAUGUGAGGUUUAUAUAGAUA